UAUCAACAAUUGUGUUUUAUAUUAUAACUAUAAACUAAAUUAUAUUGUAUGAUUCGAUAAACAAAAAAGAUGAAAUAUUUUAUAUUAAUUAUGAGUUUAGUUCUUCUAAUGGAAUGGAACACUUAUGAUGCCAACACAGUGGCAGCACUGAUACAAGUCGUCGAUUCUCGCCUCAAUGUGAUUCACGAGCCUACAAAUGCCAUAGAUCCGGUGGCGAGUGUCACGGUUGCGGAGCCACUGAUAAAUGAUAACAUUCAAAUGACCGCAACUUGGAAUAGCACCAUGUGUGUAUUCAGGCUAUUAUGAUCCCCAAGGAUACUACUGUGAUAAUGAACCCAUGGACACUGUUUGGUUACCAAUAAAUUGUACUUCAUUUGUCUAUGAUGCUGGAGUAUCUUUUAAUGAUCAAUCUGUAAAUAAAUUAAAUACAGAUCAUGAAUGUAAUAUAAAAUGUCUUUUACGCUUUAAUCCACAACUGUAUUUAUAUCUUAGUUAUGAUAAGACACAAUGUACGGCAGAUGCUGCAGAUAAUACAAACUACGUAUUAGCAAACAUAAAUCACAUUUUAGAUACCUACAAUAUAACGGGGUUUAUUCUAUUGAAUUUAGAUUUGGGGUCAAGUGUUAACUGUGAUGACAAAUUAAUUCAAUAUGUUAAUUUAAUAAAACAAAAUACUUCACGUCAAAUUGGAUUAUAUGUGAAUGCGGGAAACAUAAUAGAUUAUACUAACAAUGCAACGGCUACGGGUUGGUUUGAUUUUGAGAAGUUGAAUAAUCUUAUGGAAUAUUAUAUAAUUGGUUUUGAAAUGUUUAAUCCAUGUAGUGAUCUGUAUAAAGGUGGAAUUGUUCCAUUGAAUAAUGUUCAAGAUAACACCCAUUCCUUGACAACAUUUGCAAAUGCUAUGAACAACUCAAAGAUUGCCAAGGACAAAAUUUAUCUUCAAUUUUCAGUAUCUCCAACAAUUAAUAACACAUCGACCGAAAAUCUACCCAAUUGUUGUGUGACAUAUCAAAAAUAUUGUGAAAAUGACCACUAUAAUAGAUAUUGGUGUGCUGAUAAUGCUGAUUCAUUAUAUCAAAAAGGUAAAUUUGCGAGAGACAUACAUGCAAAAGGAAUAGUAGUAAAAUAUAUCGAUACAAUUGACCGAGCUGCAACAUGUGAUUGUAAUAAUAAAGAUUCGUUUAUAACAUUUUCGAUGAUGUUACGUGGUUAUGUAAAUAAAGACCCUAUCAAAGACUGUGCCAAGUUAAACAAUAUUACUGAUACAUAAAUAGUAAUAUUCAUCUAUUAUAUUAUUUAUUUACUUUUUAUAUCGAUUGAUCCAUAAUAGCAAUUAAUUUGUUAUAGCUAAAUACAUAUAUUCAUUCCUAUAACAACCGAUUACUUUUUUUCAAAUGAGUUGUAAAUAAAUUUAUGAUCUCUUACGUAA